AGGCACAGAGCAUCCGCAGUGUGCGACGGCAGUCGAGGGGGGCAGGUAUCGGAACCGCAUCCCAUCUACUUUCGACAUGGACGACCACCUGCCGGUUCCCCGAGUUUGGAAGGCGGGAUUCCACACUUCUACAUGUUCCGCCUUUCGCACGUGGGUCUCUGUGCUGCCAUCAUCCUCCUCGCCACCUUCGCCCUCUUGCUCGUGUGCGCCAUCUUGUUUCCUGUGCUUCUCAACCCAACCCACCCCCAGGUACGAAUUCGAGGAAGAAAAUUUACCGGACGCGGUGGCCACGAGGACGAGUUCGGAGACGCCACGCGCGUCGCCACCAGCACCGGCUCCACCAGCAGCAGCGUUCCGCCAGAAUGCGUGGAAAAGCCGUGCCUGCCCGAGUCUCUGUACUUCAAGGCCAAGCCUCAGGGACUGUUCAGCUGGCAGGUGCCUCCAUGCAGCGAUUUCUACAGCUUCGUGUGCACCGAAGACCUGCUGAACCGGACGCACCCGCAGUGGCUGCCUUACAAGCAUGCCAGCGUCGGCUACCUGUACCGCUCGGCGCUGCGCUACGUCCAAGAAGAUGCGAAGAACACCCGGACAAUGGACACCGCUCUCGCGGAAGUGACUACCUUUGUGCACAACUGCUCCUCUACCCAGACGGCUGCUCGAACCCGUGAGUCGUUCCUGUUCGCGCUGGAGACCGUGGGUCUCGGCGGCUUUCCCUUCGCUCACGAGCACGGCAACCGGACCUGGAGGCUGGACGAGGUGGUCGCACUCUCGCUGAGGCACCUGGACGUUGCGCCCUUCUUACACGUCCAGCUUCCCGACGCCCACGCGGAGUACCAGGAAAUUCUGCUGACAAGGCACAGCCCACUCGUGCCCCGUCUAGAGUUGUACGAAUCGAGCAAGCAGCUGGACCGUCUCAUCAGCACCUGGUGGACGCUGAGGACUCUGAUGCCUUCCCUCAGGCAGCAGACAAUGACUGACGUGGAGGCCACCCUCAGCAUCUUCAAGGAUAUCGGGAGGGCGUCUGCCACCACUGAAGUUGUCGCAAGCCAGCCCGUGCGCACUGUUGUGAAACAUCUACCGCCCAUACAUUACUGGGACUGGGAGAGUUUUCUCGACACCGUUCUGAGAGGGGCCCGCAUGUUCGACCAGAACUCGCUGGUGAUGGUAGAAAACAUGCGCUACUUGCGGGAAAUGGCUGUGCUCAUUGGCCAGUACGAACCGUGGCACGUGCUGAACUUCAUGGCGCUGUGCGUGGCCGACGAGCUGAGCGUGUUCUUCCCGGAGCGCCACGCGCGGUCGACUAACACUGCGCGGUUGCCGUACCGCGACCGAAGCCUUCCGACGAGGCCCCAGCUGUGCCUGCGCUUCGCCGAGCGCACAUGUCCGAUAGGCGUGGAGGCUCUGCUACUGCAGGCCAUCGCCGGAACCAACGUUCGCGAGGACCUCGUCAGGGAGUUCUCCUGGUGGAUACCGCAAUUCAGGGACACUCUGGCGUCGUACGCCAAGCGGCUCUCCUGGCUGGGAUCCAAAAUGGCCUCGGAAUUGGAGAGCGUCAUUAACGGCCUGAAAGUUGAGAUAAUGUUCUCCGACGCUCUACUUGGAAUCGGUGAGGACCUGACCCAAGUGGAAUGCGGCUAUGACAGGAAUCUCUACAGGCACCACCCUAUGCAUCAGUACACGGAGGCCUACAAAGCGCGACUGGACAAGUACUAUCUCAGCGGGAAUUCGACUCCUUCCUUUCGAAAGUAUCCUCCUGCCAGCAGCUUUGAAUACAGCGUAGUUUACGACGAAUACUCAAACGUUAUCUUCAUUCCGCUCAGCUACUUCGGACUCGCCUUUCAAGCCGCUCCGCUGUUAAGAAAGUUUUAUGUGGUGAAGAUAUUGCCCGACCUUGUUCGGACCACCGCGAGGAUUCUGGCCAAUGCUCAGGAUCCGAACAGGACGGCCAUGUUCAAUGCAAAACGACACUGUGCCUUGGGUGCAUACAUAGCGCAUCCCAUCCCUAUUCUUUUCGAGAGAAUGGAAGGAAUGAAUCACUGGAUGUAUGAAGACAUCAUGGCCGACCAUUUGGCACUGGCCCCUUAUGUGCAGCUUUUCCUUAACCUGAGCCAAAGCGCUGCCACUGACCCCCACCUCGUCAUGCGUGGAUUCGCCCCUUACGUUGCCGAGCACGUGGCAUUCUUCUUCUACGCUGAGUCAUCCUGCGAACCGUACACCAACCACGCCGGAAAGCCAAGAAGCGCAGCCCUUCCUUCUCAAACCAGGAUCAAUGGAGCCCUCUCGCAGUACGCACCAUUCGCAGUCAGCUUCUUCUGUCCCUACGGUUCUGCUCUGGCCAAGGAACCGUGCGAGCUGUACCGUCGAAACACAAGAGCAACUGACUUAUAAUUAAAGUGAAACCGUUGCCGAUGAUCAUACGAUGAUUAGGAAUGUGGGCGUUUUUUCAUU